AUGGGUACCGAAGAAGCAAGAGGACUCAACUGCCUACCGAACGCUUUGAAGAAGAAAGAAACAGACACGGCAACCCAUGCUACCCAUGAGCCCCGAAGAGACAGGAGGACACAAUUGCGCAUCAAACCGACUCUGAAGGAAGGGAGGGAGGGAGGGACCUUCAGAGUCGGCAGCGAGGAGGGAGGGAGGAGCGCCAUAUGUCCUCUUGUUUCUUUGGGACUAGCUGCCUAUUAA